AUGAUGCUGGUUACUUCCUUACUUUCGCUUGCUUUGGCUACCUCUGUAGCCGGACAUGGAUACCUGAUUAUUCCGGACAGUCGUACUAAACUGGGAUUUGAGACUGGACUAGAUACAUGCCCUGAGUGCACUAUCCUCGAACCAGUCAGUGGUUGGCCCGACCUUAAUGGGCCUGUAGUUGGCCGAAGCGGCAUCUGCGGAUAUAAUGCGCGUGUCAGUCACGACUACAAUUCGCCCAAUGCUACCUGGGGUGGUGGCGACGUCGUCAAGACUUAUACCGCUGGGGACACCGUGGAGGUUCAGUGGUGUGUCGAUAAUAAUGGCGAUCAUGGUGGCAUGUUCAGCUACCGUAUCUGUCAAAACCAGACCAUCAUCAACAAGUUUCUUGACCCCACCUAUACCCCAACCGAUGAUGAGAAGGAGGAGGCUGAGUUGUGCAUGGAGGAGGGCCUUCUACCCUGCACGGAUGUUGAUGGGCAGGAAUGCGGAUAUAAUCCUGACUGCACAGACGGCGAGGACUGCUAUAACAAUGACUGGUUUACCUGCAAUGCCUAUUCUGACACAAGCUGCAAGGGUGUUGACGGUGCUGCACUCAACUCGUGUACAACUACUAUUGCAGGCGGCUAUACUGUGACGAAGAAGAUUAAGAUUCCUAGUUUUGUUACGAACCACACCCUUCUUGGAUGGAAGUGGAACUCUGAAGAAACAUCACAGGUCUAUCUCGGGUGCGCCGACAUCGCUAUCACGAAAUAA